UAAAAAGUCAACAGCAGUUGACGACAUCGGAUCGUAAUAUAUAGUUUUAUUGAGAAUUCAAGAUAUUUGAUCCUCUUUAACUUUCCUCCCCCUUCCUUACCACCCCUUCUCUCUUCCUCGCGUGAUCAAAAACGAUCCAUGGAUCUCUACCGCGUGAUCGAUAGCAUCUGUCUCGCGUUAGCAAUCCGCGACUUGCUACACAUUUCGUCACUUACAACGAUCGUAAUCCUGCUGUGACGCUGAUAUUAUUCAUUUGUCGACCAUGAGAACGAUUAUGACAAUAAGCAACACCUGAUUUGAUGUCAUAGGACGAGAAUUUUGUCAUUCCUCGUCAAAUUGCAAAAAAAAAGAAACCUCGAGAAAUUGGAAAUGGACGGCCUCGUCGAGAUUUUUCUUUUUUGUGGAGUGCUCUGUUACUUCUUCAAUCUCAGACUCAAUAAUAUGGUGGACGUCCUAUCUACGCGCCUUCAAGAGGUUUAUGCUAAAUGGGAGACUAGGACAGAAAUGAUACGAAAUGCGAAUCCGACGACUGCACAAUUUUCACUAGAUGGUCUCCGUAGAGCAGGGACACAGUUACAGACAAGAAAAAUGCAGGAAAAGGACUGGAGGCGAACUAUACGCAAAGAGCAGCUAUAUUGUUAUUCGAUUAAAAAUUCUAUUCCGCGUCCACUCUUUAUGAAGCGAAAUCCCCCAUUUGUACGCUACUGCUGUCACACCUGUACACCCGAUUCUAAAAACUCUUUAAUAAAUAGCAUAAAACAACAGCAGCAGCGAUUCGAUUUGAACAUAUUAAUGGUGAAACGAGGUCCUACAUUUUUCUCAAAAGUAUUCAAUUAUGUAUCACAAGUUUCUAAUUUUAAAAGUUUCGAUUAUCCAAUGGUCACCCAAACAGUAUUGAAUAACGAAAGAUUGAAAGAGGUUAUCAAUCUAACUACUUGUGAGAUAACUAAUAACGAGAAUUGUAAUGAGAAAGAGGUCACAAUGGCAAAAAACAAGACCAAAAACAUAUUACUACAAAUGGAAAGCCGAUGCAGUGAUAUUCUACUUAAGAUAGUUGCAUGGCUGCUAUACAAGUUGCUUCCUAGUUUCAUACAGUCAGCUAUCGUAACACCUUCUCAAAUAGAAGUAUUAAAAAAGGCGAAUGAUACUGGUUUACCGCUUAUAUUUUUACCUUUGCAUCGCAGUCACUUGGAUUACAUAAUGAUCAGCUUCAUUAUGGUCGUAAAUAAUAUGAGAAACCCAUUAAUAGCGGCUGGAGACAACUUGAAGAUUCCGUUUUUUGGAUGGCUUUUGAGAGGCCUAGGAGCUUUUUUUAUCAAGCGUCGUAUGGACGCCGUAGUAGGACGUAAAGAUGUUCUCUACCGCACAGUUCUUCAAACAUACAUAAUGGAGAGUUUACGGGCCGGACACAACUUGGAAUUUUUCGUGGAAGGUGGCCGUACACGAACUGGCAAACCUUGUAUGCCAAAGAGUGGUAUCUUGAGCGUUAUUAUUGACGCAUACAUGGAUGGUACUAUCGAAGACGCAUUAUUGAUACCUGUAGCGAUGAAUUAUGAACGAUUAGUAGAUGGUAAUUUUGUUCGAGAACAAUUAGGACAACCAAAAAAAAUGGAGACUUUCGCAUCAACGAUUAAAGCUAUGUGGUCGACUUUAAGAGGUCAUUAUGGUAUCGUCAAGAUUAAUUUCUGUCAACCAUUUUCACUCAGGGAAAUGAUAAAGUCUUUCCAAGCUCAACAAAACAAAACCGCAAAACUUUGGCCAGAACGAUCUUUAAAAUCCUCCAGGUCGAGUUCGUCCAUUUAUGGUACGGACGUCGUUGUGGAAGAGCAUCGUCAAUUAGUAGAUAGAAUUGCCAGACACGUUGUGUACGAUUCGUCUAAAUCCACGCCGAUUAUGUCGACCAACGUUGUUGCAUUUUUACUUUUAAAUAGGUUUAGAAAUGGUUGUACAUUAGACAAAUUAGUCGAAGCGUUUGAUUCAAUUCGAAAGAAGUUUCAGUACUAUAAAGAUAUAGUGUUUUGUGGAGAGAGCGUUAAUAUAAUUAAACAUGCACUGGAUAUCUUAGGUCCUGAUUUAGUAACGCAACAGCAACAGGAGAUUACCGAUGUCGACGGUGAAUCCGUCAUUGUUACUACAAUCCGUCCUGUAUCGAUUCUGCCGAACAUAAUCGAGCUCUCUUAUUACAGUAACGCUAUGUUAGCACAUUACAUUAAAGAGAGCAUAAUAAUAACUGCUUUGUAUGCUGAGUUGCAGUCUCAAAUUAACGAUCCGGUAGCCAUUGCUGAAAACAAUAUUACACUAUAUCAAGAUAAUUUGGUCAACCAAGCACUCAAAUUAUGCGACAUUCUGAGAUAUGAGUUUAUUUUCUGCAAACCUUGCAAAAUAUUGAUAGACGUAGUUAUCAAAACAAUAGAAGACUUGCCAUAUAUACAUAUCAUGCCUCGAGAAGACUAUCUAAAUGAUCGAAGUGUACAGAGCAAUACGAAAAGACGUUUAGGAAUUUUGGCAGACAGUUCGGACGAAGAAUAUGACAGAAGAGAAGAAAUAAUACAAAAACAAAUAGAAGUUUCGAAAAUCAAAUAUAAACUGGAUUUAACGCCGAAACACUUCGCGCAGAUGGAAUUCCUACAUAUGAUAUUACGGCCAUUGAUCGAUACGUACACAUGCAGUGCCUUUAAUUUAAGAAAGUUAGUUGGUCAUUCACUUUGUGAGCGAGAUUUAGUUCGAGAAGUGUUGAGCGAAAUCCAAACAAGUUUAGACCAUGGUACAAUAAAUUAUGGGGAAAGUUUAUGUGUCGAUCCAAUAAAGAAUUCUCUUAAGCUUUUUGAAUACUGGGAUGUCUUAGAGUGUUACAUGCAAGAGAACCUUAAAAUGUUCUGCUUAAAAGAAGAGCACAAUACAGAUACAGCAGCGGAAAAUAUUUACGAUGCCUUAGCGGUUUUCAAGUGGACCAGAGAUGCGGAUUAAAAAUCAGAAUCUUUUUUCUGUUUUAAUUAGAAAGUUUUUCUUUUUAUUACUAUUGUUUCUUUGUUUUAUGAAUACUCAUUGACGUAUGUUUGGCAAGAAAAUCAAUAAAUAAAUUUUUUUCUUUUCGUAUAUUUCUUUCUCCAGUUGCUAAAAAUGGGAUCAAAUAUAUUACAGUUAAUAGUUAAAAUAGUUAAUAGUAAUUGCGUAUGUAUAAUACCAUAAAUUACUACAGGAUAUAUGCGUAAGCGUGGGCGUGUACGAAACAAGGUGUCAUGUGUAGGUAUGUAUAAGUAUAUAUGUGUGUAUGUUAUACACGCAUACAUAGUAUAUAUACAUACACACUAUACAUAGUAUAUAUUCUAUAAUAAUAAGUAAUGUGCAUUGUAAAAAUUCAAACUUUUAUAAGAUUUAUAAAAGUAAGAUAAGAAUAACAUGUGCCUCUAGAUAAUAUUUGUAUUAUUAGUACAUAUCUGAUCCCAUAUUCGAUUAUAAAUGAGCUUAUGUAAUAAUAUUUUUACAUAUAUCAGGAAUAUAAAACCGUAAAUGUUAUAAAUACUGUUCGCGAUUUUCAUAAAAUAUUUGUGACAAUAGGAAAGAGAAUUAGCCAAACUUAUGUUCCUAAGUGUAUGUAUAAUAUAAUAUAUAUC